AUGGCGCCCUCCGCAACCGAAACUAUGACAUCGCCCGGCGAGAACUUGCUGGCAAAGAAGCUAGCUACCCGCGCCAAGAAUGCCGAUGACACGCCGCUGUACCUGGAUUACAUGCCCUUCUAUGAUCCUCUUGAGAAGGUCGAGGAUAUCGGCUCUUUUGAUCACUACGAUCCUGGCCACCGCGCUGACCCGGCGCUGCCCAACCUACUAGCGGAUGCGACCAAGGUCAUCGACCUAUCACCGCAUGUCGGUACUGAGAUCGAGGGCGUCCAGCUGUCAAAACUUUCCCCGGCUAGUCUCGACGAGCUGGCAUUGAUGGCGGCAAAGCGCGGCGCUCUCGUGUUCCGUAACCAGGACUUCCGGGACAUUGGCUUCGAGGCUCAGAAGAAGAUCGUCAGCCACUUUGGGCCUUUGCAUGUCCACGGAUGGGCGCCGCACCCCGCCGCCGGAAGCCCGGAGCACAUGGUCAUUUAUGACCACAAAGAGGAUCUGCGCGUUCGAAAGUCUUGGAAGGGAAGGAGUCCUAUCCAGUGGCACACGGACCAGUCUCCGGAGCCCCAAACUCCAGGUACUACUUUCAUCUGUAUGCUGGAGUCCCCAGCGGCCGCAGGUGGCGACACUCUCGUGAGCUCCAGCGUUCAGGCAUUCAAGUCUCUAUCACCGCGUUUCCGAAAGAGGCUUGAGGGUCUCACCGCUAUCCACACCAACAAUGACGGCGUAACGCAAGAGUUGAAGAACGGUGAGACGGCGGUUAUGCGGAGGCAAGAACUGAUCCAAGAACACCCCGUCGUAAUCGUGCAUCCUGUCACCAAGGAAAAGGCUCUCUACGUUAACCCAGUGUAUACCAAGAAGAUCGUGGGCUUCGACGAGGAGGAAUCAGACUACCUUCUUGGGUUCCUGUUCGACCACAUUGCCAAACGUCAAGACUUCCAAUGCCGCAUCCGGUACGAGGCAGGAACUGUACUUGUCUGGGACCAGAGGAUCACCAACCACUCUCAAACCCUAGACUAUCCAGCGGGGGAACGCCGCCACGCCUUUAGGCUAACACCUCUGGCAAAUAAGCCUAUCCCUGCCAAGAUUGAGGAAGAUGAUGGCGAAUGCGAAAGAGACUUCGGAAGAGUCCAACUCGGUCUAUGCUAA